AUGGAAGGAGAAGUUGUGAAGCCGUCAAAGACUCCACAAAAGAAAAGAAAACAUCAUCGGCACCACAAAAAAUCGCAUUCAAAAAGCAAAAAGACUGGAAUUUUGUGUUGUCGUGGCAAGAAGAAGAAGAGAUCCUCUGCUAAAAAACACCACAAAAAGUCCAAAACCACCACCAAGAAACAGCCACGUAGCAAAGUGGUCAAACCGUUGGCUCCGGUGCCAAAUGAGCAAUUGGGCGAGAUUGUGCUAGUCAAAAACUUUGAUAAAACAAAACCUCUUUCUAAAGAACCGGUUUCACCGGAUAAGGUUCCGGUUAAACCAAAAAGUUCAAAAGAGAAAGAGAAGGAAACUGAUAAGGAAGAUAAGCAGAAGAUCAAGUCGAAAAAGGAAGAAUCAGAGACAAAGGAGGAGAAGAAGAAUGUUCCAGAAGAGAAGAAAGAAGAGAAAAAGGAAGAAAAGAAGGAGAAGGAUGAUGAUAGUAACAAUGAGGAGAAGAAGCAAAAAUGGUUGGGUCUGGCGAAACGAUUUGUGGCGGAGGAUGCAAGGAUGGCGAUGAAUGACUUCCACCAAGUGGCCAGCUACAUUCCACCUCACGUCACCAAGCACAAUUUCGUGGAGAACAUGGAGAAGAAUCGAUUCGCCGACGUCGUCUGUCUCGAUCAUUCUCGUGUCACUCUCUCUGAUUCCACGUACAUCCAUGCUAGUUUUGUGGAGCUGUCCAAUCAGAGAAACGCAAUUUUGACCCAAUUUCCAUUGGUUGAGACAGCGGCGGACUUUUGGCAAAUGGUUAUUGAGCAACGUGUCAAAUGUGUUAUCUUGUUGCUCACAGAGCCAGAAUAUGAUGCGUUGGGAGGGGAUUUUGUGUUCCCGAGAAAUCAAGACUUCUUACACUUCGAGGAGCGUUCGAUUCGUGUUGGUGAGUUUAAGAGAGUGGAAAUAUUGAAUGGAUGGUCUCUGAGAGUUUUAAGUGUCAGCAAUGGAGACUACAAAUCGUGA